UUUUCUGGGUAAAAAAUGAUCUGUAUUACUAUAGCUAUCAAAAUAAAAUAUAAGCUAGGUAGACUUUCAAUUUUUGCCACUUUUUCUUUCGUUAAAAAGUUAUUAUUUGAUAUUUUCUUGAAAUUAUUUUGAGCUUUUUUCGUUGAACUACUUUACGCAACAGUCUGUGGAAGAAUGUGCAACUUACUGAAUACAAAUAUGACUCGAUAAUCUCAUAAAACAGAAAAAUUCUCUCCGGGUCAAAUGACCUGUUGUGGUAUAUAUCGGUAUAUGUACAACAAGGAUUACUAAGAAUAAACAAAAAAAAUAUUUUUGUAACUGUACAUUAAUUACUUAGAAAAAGUCAUGAAGUCAAAUGUGAAAACGCAAUAAAAUUAUACGUGCAUUUUCAAUGCAAAAGUUCAAAAUGGGUCAUUUCACCCGUUAUGAUAUGUUUAGUGUUAAAACAAAAUUUAAUGCUGGCUCUUUGGUCGCAGCUUAUUUUCGCACCGAUGACACAAACAUACUGACACUAAAAACGCAAUAACUUCACUUCCAACCAAUGAAAUGUCAUAAAAUUCUCACUGGACAAUCGAUAAAGAUAGCAGAUUCUAACGCACCAGUCGACAUAUAGAUAAAUAGAUUCAAAAAGUCCUGUUUACUUUAGAACGCACCUUGUAUAUAACAUCCGUAUGCUUAUGUUUUCUAAAACCCAAUGGUUUACAAAUUCAAGUAAAUUUGUUAAAGAUGACUUUCCUUUACGAAAUCCGUGCAGAGAAGAUGAAACUAACAGAGAUAUAGAAAAAGCAAUGAAGAUUCAAAAAGUUUAGGUAACUAAUAGUUUUGCAAACCUUUAUGUAAAAGGAUUAUAAAUUAAUUAUACUCGUACUGAAGGAAAUAUGCCUUGUUUAAGAGAGGAAUUGAAAAUCCUUGUCAAAGGCAAGUAGUUAUAUUUGGCACUAUUUUUAAGGAAGCAUGAGGGUAUCAUAUCACGGUCGUAAUUAAAAGAUGGUUUUAACUUAUUUAAAUUAAGUAAGACGUCUUCUUCAGAACUAAUAGAGGCGUUAACUGAAGUAUUCGGAAAGAGCACGUGCUGAUAAGAACAGUAGGACAUAUUGGAAAUAAUGUGGUUGUCACAGGAUAAAAUAAAUUUGUAUUUCAGCUCGGACGCUAAUUCUGCGUUUGGUGUUAACGAAAAUAAAAUAAUUUUGGAUUACGCACAAUAUUCUUUUUUAUCUUAUUUAAGUAAAUUGUAUAAUAUUUUUUGUUUAGGUCCGAAUAUUGUCGACGCAGUGCAGAAUAUUUAGAAUAGUCGACAAGUGAGCCAGGGGGGUUACUCUGUAAGGCGUUACGAAUAGCAAUGCGUUGCGAAAGUGAAUUGCGUUGCGAAGGGCAAUCGGUACUCUGUAACACUUUUGCAUUGUAAACAGUGUUGCACUGUUUUCCCGUUGACAUAUCUCCAGUAUAGUUGACAUUACUGACCGAAACGAGUGAAAAAAAGUAAGUUUGAAUGAUAAAGUGUAAUGUGAUUCUUUAAACUUAUUUGUGCUUCUACUCGUAAACAGUUUCAUGCAAAACUUUCGAUUAAGCAAGGAAUCAUUCAAAUAUGUGUUGGAUAGCGUAAGUAGUGAGCUAAAAUUUCCACGCAGGACCACAGGAAUACCUGAAAUUGUGAAAUUAGCUGGCACUUUAAAAUUUUUGACGCAGCGAGGAUAUCAACAGCAAAUUGGACAAGAUCAUCAUACAGGACUAGCUCAACAAACUGUUUCGCGUUGUUUGUUUGAAGUUUGUAAAGCAAUUGAGAAAGUGCUGUGUCCAAAACACAUCACUUUUGCAAUGUCUUCAGAGGAGAAAAAUGAAGCGAAACGAGCUUUUUACUCAGUGUCUGGAAUUCCAGGAGCAAUUGUUGUGGUGGAUGGUACUCACAUCCAAAUGAUACGACCGGCAGUUAAUGAGCGUUUAUAUUUCAAUAGGAAAUUAAAGCAUAGUAUAAACCCUAUGGUGAUAUGUGAUCAUAAGAUGAUGAUAAAAGCCGUUAACGGUCGGUUUGCUGGGCAUGUCAUGAUUCACAUGUGUGGAAUUUGUCAAGCGAGCGCCAAUAUUUACAAACCAACUAUGUGGUGCUAUGGAGAAAUAGGAAUUCGCAUUCUUGGCGACUCUGGAUAUCCGCUUGAGCCAUGGCUUUUAACUCCAUACAGAAAUGCUGCUGAAAACUCUGCUGAAAGUUACUACAACUACAAAUUUUCAAAAGCCAGAUCCCUUAUAGAACGAGUAUUUGGAGUAUUAAAAGCGCGGUUCCGAUGCCUUUCAGCUGCUAGAGAACUACAUUAUGCCCCAGAAAAAGUGGUGCAAAUUUUGAACGUAUGUUGUGCUCUUCAUAAUAUUGGGUUGUCAAAAAAGUCUUGCGGUAGUGAAAGCGCGUAGUUAGUUCGUCGCAUCGGGUCAUGCCAUACCUUUUUGGAAAGCUCAUUUCACACGUGUUUGGUUGAUUGUCGUUUCUUUUAAGUCGUUCGUGAGUUAUAGAGUCGCAAACAUGGAGCAAAAUAAAGAGAAAAUACGGCAUAUUUUACAGUACUACUACGAUAAAGGCAAAAAUGCAUCUCAAGCCGCCAAUAAAAUUUGUGCAGUUUAUUGACCCGAUACAGUUUCCAUUUCCACCGCACAACGAUGGUUUCAACGUUUUCAUUCUGGUGUAGAGGGGGUCGAAGAUGCGCCACGCUCCGGAAGGCCUGUCGUCGAAAAUUGCAAUAAAAUCGAUGAAUUGGUCGAAAGAGACCGGCAUAGUUGUCAUCAAACCGUUAUAAACCAUUUGAAGAAGCUUGGAGUCACUAAGAAGCUCGAUGAAUGGGUGCCACACGAAUUGAUUCAAUAAAAAUACCGCAAGACUUUUUUGACAACCAAUAUUUGCACUCUUUUUAAUGUGGAAUCACCUGCCAACAUAGCAAUAGAAGUUGAAGAAGUCGAUGCUAGUUGCCAAACGUUUAAGGGAUCAAAUAAAAAACAGUAUGACUACUUUAUAAACAUAUAACACUAAUAAGUUAAGUAAACUUUUUAAUUUUUCACAUUUUCACAUUUAUUUGAUUAAAAUUCAUAUUAAUGAUAUAAAGCUUUAGUCUCUUGCACAUGUGUAUACAUAUCUAUAUAUGUAAGUAUUAUAUACUUGUAUGUAAUAAAAAGUAAA